GGGGUUCCGAGUGCAAAGCAAAGUUUUUUUGUAAACCGUCUGCAAAGGCGGGGGGGCGAAGAAGGCGCCCGAGACCGGGCCGAGUGCAGUGGCCGCCGCCUCUCUAGCUCCUCAGCCAUCCGCUCCUCAGUCAAGCGGCCGCGGAGGAGACCAGCAAGGAGAGUCCUCAGAUGCUCGAAGCUUUCUCGGCGCGAAGCUGCCAGUUGUCCUCGCCCGCCCCCCUCCUGCUCCUGCUUCUGCUUCUGCUUCAGCUCCGGCUCUUGGUACCCCGGCUCCGGGAGUCCAGCUCCCCGCCGCCGCCGUCGCCCGGGUGUGGGUGUGAGGGCUGCUGGGGCUGAGCCGGGCCUUGGCGCCGGCUCUGAGGACCGACGCCUGAGGAGCUGCGCGGAGCGGCGCCGCCGGCUGGCGGAGGACUCCCACAGGCGCGGGGCUCGGCGGCUUGACCCGGGCUCGGCCCCGUGCGGCCGCGGGGGCACCUCAGCGGUUUCCCGAGCGGCCCGACUCGGGCGCUCCUCGGUGUCGCGGUCGCCGACCCUCCGCGGCCGGCCAGCCCCUCCGCCGCAUCAGUCUCCCGGCCGGGCUCGGCGGGCCCCGCAGCCGCAGCCAUGGGGUGCUGGGGUCGGAACCGGGGCCGGCUGCUGUGCAUGCUGGCGCUGACCUUCAUGUUCAUGGUGCUGGAGGUGGUGGUGAGCCGGGUGACCUCGUCCCUGGCGAUGCUCUCCGACUCCUUCCACAUGCUGUCGGACGUGCUGGCGCUGGUGGUGGCGCUGGUGGCCGAGCGCUUCGCCCGGCGGACCCACGCCACCCAGAAGAACACGUUCGGCUGGAUCCGGGCCGAGGUGAUGGGGGCUCUGGUGAACGCCAUCUUCCUGACCGGCCUCUGUUUCGCCAUCCUGCUGGAGGCCAUCGAGCGCUUCAUCGAGCCGCACGAGAUGCAGCAGCCGCUGGUGGUCCUCGGGGUCGGCGUGGCCGGGCUGCUGGUCAACGUGCUGGGGCUCUGUCUCUUCCACCAUCACAGCGGCUUCAGCCAGGACUCCGGCCACGGCCACUCGCACGGAGGGCACGGCCACGGCCACAGCCUCCCCAAGGGGCCCCGCAGUAAGAGCGGCCGCCCCGGGAGCAGCGACAUCAACGUGGUCCCGGGCGAGCAGGGGCCUGACCAGGAGGAGACCAACACUCUUGUGGCCAAUACCAGCAACUCCAACGGGCUUAAACUGGACCCCGCAGACCCAGAAAAACCCAUAAGUGGUGAUACAGUGGAAGUACAAGUGAAUGGAAAUCUUAUCAGAGAACCCGACCAUAUGGAACUGGAAGAAGAUAGGGCUGGACAACUUAACAUGCGUGGAGUUUUUCUGCAUGUCCUUGGAGAUGCCUUGGGUUCAGUGAUUGUAGUAGUAAAUGCCUUAGUCUUUUACUUUUCUUGGAAAGGUUGUUCUGAAGGGGAUUUUUGUGUGAACCCAUGUUUCCCUGACCCCUGCAAAGCAUUUGUAAAAAUAAUUAAUAGUACUCAUGCAUCAGUUUAUGAGGCUGGUCCUUGCUGGGUACUAUAUUUAGAUCCAACUCUUUGUAUUGUAAUGGUUUGUAUACUUCUUUACACAACCUAUCCAUUACUUAAGGAAUCUGCUCUUAUUCUUCUACAAACUGUUCCUAAACAAAUUGAUAUCAGAAAUUUGAUAAAAGAACUUCGAAAUGUUGAAGGAGUUGAGGAAGUUCAUGAAUUACAUGUUUGGCAACUUGCUGGAAGCAGAAUCAUUGCCACUGCUCACAUAAAAUGUGAAGAUCCAACAUCAUACAUGCAGGUGGCUAAAACCAUUAAAGACGUUUUUCAUGAUCACGGAAUUCACGCUACUACCAUUCAGCCUGAAUUUGCUAGUGUAGGCUCUAAAUCAGGUGUACGCCCAUGUGAACUUGCCUGCAGAACUCAGUGUGCUUUGAAGCAAUGUUGUGGGACACUGCCACAAGCCCAUUCUGGAAAGGAUGCGGAAAAGACCCCAACAGUUAGCAUUUCUUGUUUAGAACUUAGUAACAAUCUAGAGAAGAAGCCCAGGAGGACUAAAGUUGAAAACAGCCCUUCUGUCAUGAUAGAGAUUAAAAACACGCCGGACAAACAACCUGAAUCAUCUUUGUGAGUCUUGAAAAAGAUGUGAUAUUUGACUUUUGCUUUAAACUGCAAGAGGAAAAAGACUCCACUGAAAUUCUAAGUUUGCCAAGUAGUAUAAUUGAAGUCCUUGUCUGGUCACACAGUUUAAUUCUAUUUUUGUAAGAACAUAAUGGGACUGCAUAACAGAGUUCUAUAUUACAACUUUGUGAUUAUUAGUACAGAGUACAGCUAUGCUGUGACUGUUUUGGAAAGCCAGUUUUAACACUAUGUUACAUUUUUGUUUUAAGUAUAUAAACCUUAUAUAACAUGACAUUUGAUUUCUGGAUUUCCCAUGAUAAAAAUUAGGGGGAUAAAUAAAAUUGUUACUGGAAUUUCUCUGCUUUUCUUUUCCCCCACUGUUACACUUUAUUAGAAUUUAUAGUUGAUAGAAUUUUAAAAUCAUCAACAGUUUCCUUUGACAUUUUAGGUAAUAUUGCCCUUUGAGAUCAUUACAUAGUAUAAUGGCAACAUAUUUUAAGAGUGACUCAUGGCUAUUAGUAGGAAAUAAGAUCAGUUACUAUCUUGCAUUCUAUAUUGCUAUUAACCACUAAGAUAAUUAACAAAUUGAACUAUAGUUUACAGACAAUAGGGCAAAUGGGGUAGUAACAGCAGGGAAGAAAGUUUACCAAACUAAAUAUUUAGGUUAUUGUAUGUUAAUAUUCAGACUACAUUUCUAAAUUAUUUUGAGAAUUUCAGCUUUUUAUUCUACCAAAGUUAAUCUAAAAGAUAGACAUGUUCACCAGCAUUACUUUCUUUGUAAGAUUGGUAUAAAAACAUUGAGCUGCAAGUUUACUCACAAAAUAUGUAAGUAUUUUUAAAGAUGUUGACACCUAAUAAUUACAUGCUAAAUGCAAGCUAUUAAUGUAAUCUUUUAAACUGGAUGUUUGAAAAAAAAUUUCCAGUCAUUUCACGAUGACCAAUUGUGAAUGGGUUUAAAUGGAGCUUUUCGAGCCCAACCAGCAAUGCUUGUGUUUUCUAAGAGCCACUGACUUGAGAGAAAAGAAAACCAGAAGGUUAAUGCAGUUUGGAUAUUAAAUUCUUAGAAAGCAAAAUUAAUAAUUAAAAUUAAUUAAGAUUCCGUAAGUCAUCCUGUCUUCACAUAUUCAGUUCUUCCAAUAGUGGCUUAUUUUGCAAGAUGCCACAAUAUCUACACAGAAAAUUGUUUGUAGCUAUUUCAUUAUUGCUAUAGAUUUCAAAUCAAACACAAUUAGAGUGUUUAAGUUCUAUUUUUCUUGAUAGAGGCGUAUGCCUUGUGAUGAAAUUUUUGUCCUUGAAAGGAUGAAUAUUAGUGUCAGUUAUGUAUAAAUCUAUUUUUCUAGAAACAAGGUAUUCUGACUAAUUUUUAUAGCUGACUACUUUUGGGAUGGCUACGUUUUGGGAUUUAAAAUAGUUCAUUGUUUAAUGGGUUGUAACAGGAAAGUGUUAGGAUUUGACAGUUACUUUUUAAAGGGAUGAUCUUUUGUGGUGUGUGUUUUUCCUAGUAUAAGCCUAUUGCUGGCAAUGGGCCUAUUUAAGAACAGCUGAUUUUUUUCCAAUGAAAAUAUGGUAAUUUUAGGAACACAGUUUGUAAGUUCACAUUUACUCUAAGGGGCCAAAACCAUAAUCUGCCAGUUUGCAAUACAUCUUGAUCUUUUAAUACUCUUAUCUGAUAUUGUAAUUCAGUUUCUAAACUGAGAGUUACCAUAAAUUUUGCAAAAACUUUUUUUUUAACAUGAAAUUGAGGGAUCUCAUCUGGGUGAACAAGAGAGAAAGCUAUGAAUUGUACUGUAUUAUGUACAUUCCUGAUUACGGAACAUUUGAUUCAGAUAACUGAUAAAAUAUAUUACAUUCAAUGAGGUUUUCUUUACAAAUGCUGUACUUGAGGUCUAUGUCUUAAAGAUGGUAUAACACUUAAGUACAAAACAUCAACUGGAUGAGGAUUUUUAAAAAUGGUGUGUAAGCAUGGGACAAGGGCUAUGUUUGUUUUUCAAAAGUGCUUUGAAGAUAACAGCCUUUAGGUUUUAGUUAUUUCACUUCAUAAUUUUUAAGUAGCUUAUAUAUAACGGUGGUACCAUAGGAUUUUCUUUUUUCAAAUGACUGUCUGCAAAAUCAGUGGGCACUGACUCACCUUUUGAGUUUUAGCAGAGAAUUAUUUAUUUCUUUACAAUGCACUUUCUAACCCAUUUUAGCUAUAUUAGCAUUAUCUUUAAAAAAAAAAAAAAAAACAUGCUUUUGUAUUUAAAUAUUGUAGGAUUUAAGUGUCUUUCCCAAAAUAGCUUAUUCCUUUCUGAAAGAAAAUAAGGGAAAUACUCUGAAUUAUUAGGAGACUUAAACCCAAUAUUUAAAUAUGCUAUUUUAUAACACUGCAUCAGUUUUAGGAGUUGCAUCUCUCCUGCUGGCUCUUUUAUAUUUGAGCAAGAUCAGUGUAGAAUAUGUGUUUAGAAACUUAUCUGUUGUCUCAGUUUAGUAAAGAGGUGCUGCAUGUGCCUGAAUUAAAACCAAGAAAUUUUUCCAAGCCAAAUGCAGCCUUAGUGAUGAGAGAUUUAAUUCUCCAUUGUCACCUUUUAGCUUUUAUGAUUGCUUAGUUUUUUUUUGAAGGAUAUCUGCAUUGUAAAACUAUAGGCCAGAAUCUAAAAAACAGAAUCCUCAAAAACUUUGCUGUAUGUGUUUUAAUAUUUUAGAAAACAGUAUGUUGAAUAACUAAGGUAUGUAAUUUGAAUAGGAAAAAUUUCCAUCAAGUACACCUUGGAAAAUCACAGUAGGUAGAAGGCGUUAACAUGUUUGUGUCUUAUUAAUAUCCUUAGUUAAAUUUGAAUUUUUGACAGUUUUGAGGAAAAAGACCUAUGGAACCUAAUGUGAAGUAUUUUGUAUGUUAACUGGUGUUGAGUUGAAGAUUUUUACUGUGUAUAAGCAGAUAACAUUUUAAUGAUAAAAAUGUCAUUAACCUGCUGUCUUAAGAUGUUCACACAAAUAUGGAGAGUAAUUCUACAAUAUAAAAAUAUUUAUUUUAAUACUGAGUUUCAGUUAAGUCAUAAACAGUGUUAAAACUCUUGGGAAGGUGUAGGGAUUUUUUGUUGUUUUUUAAAAUUGAAACUGUGUCAUACAGUGUUUCAUGUCUCUGAAAUUGGGAUUAUAAUAGCACUAUUUUGAUGUAGCUCUACCGAUAUGUGGUAAUGCUAUUUUGUUCUUACUGACAAGCUCUGGAAUAUUUAGCAGUCAUUUUCACUGGCACAAGAGCCUUUUGUAUGUUAUUCAAUUUAAACUUUUAAACCAAAAAUUUUAUCGACCAGUGUCUUUGGCAAAAAGAUGCUGGAGGGAAUGUAACAUACAAUUAAUAUGUGGUUAUAUAUAUAUAUAUAUAUAUAAAAGACACAAAUUGCCAUCUUAUGGUUCUGCCUUGAAACAGCACAAUGAAGUGUAUCAGUAUAUUCUGUGAUUACGAAACUUCCAUGUUGUGUUUGUUGUUUUGUGUCUGCUGUUGCCUGUCCUUUGGGCCAGAUGUGGCGCAGUUAAAUGCAGUUAUCAUCUCAUUAAAUACAGAUGCAGAUAAAAUAUCUUUAGUGCUGCAACAUUUUACCUAACUUUUCGUAUGUUUUAAUGACUGUGUGUUAUUUUCCAAAGCUGUUCCUACCUCACCAUGAGGCUUUAUGGAUUGUUAUGUAUUAUAAAUGUUCUAUAUGAGACAGACUACUGUGUUUCUUCUCAUUUAUUGAAAGUUAAGUAGAAAAAUAAACUAAUUUUACUAUCUGU